CUAUUAGCUUUUGUUCUUAAAUCUCCCCCGCUGAAUAAAACAUGAUUUACUUAGCGUGACAUCUUGACAUGACUGGAUUCUGGUCAGAAUACAGAAUAACGGACUGAAGCGAAAGACUUCCGUUCGUUCCACCAAGACGGACAACUUGUUAAACAUUCCACAAUUUAACGUCGUAGGUGCGAUGUCGUCAAUUCAUGGUUGGUUAAGAGUUGUUUAGAAUUAAGAUAUUCGAUUAUUCACGAAUACUUUCAGUUGAUUAUUACCAAGUCAAAUGACAUCGCUUGGCAUGGACAGGGACGCUGGGAGACUCAGGUGUUCAGAAGGUGUCUCUGUACAGUACGGACCGAAAGAUAAAUCAAAACCAUCAAUGAAGCCUCCACAUAGAAAAGACUCCUGGAUUUACAGAACAUUUAAGAAAAGAUCUUGCGUUCAAUUUAUUCCCUCGGGGAAGGAAACAAGACGUUGCUGCUGCGGUCUUCUGGACAAAGAUCAUCAAGGUGGGGCUACCCGCGGGAUUCCAGGCGGUGAUGUGAAGUGGAGUGUGACAAGCCAUACAGAAGAACAACCAACGAACGCUUAUGGUGAAGUGGAAUUCACAGGAGCUGGGUUAGCAAGCAGAGCUAAGUUUAUUCGUAUCGCUCAUGAUACUGAUCCAGAGAAGAUUCUUUGCCUCUUGAGAGAAGAAUGGAGACUAGAUUUGCCCAAACUGCUCAUCUCUGUCACCGGCGGAGCUAAGAACUUUGUUCUACAUCCCAAGUUAAAGUACGUGUUACGGCAAGGAUUGCUGAAGGCAGCCCAGACCACAGGUGCAUGGAUCAUCACAGGUGGAACAAACACUGGCGUGAUGCGUCACGUUGGGGAAGCAGUAAAAGGUCACACAGUCAUGUCACGUGGGGCACUGCUGUCGAAAGACAAAGCAUCUCAGCUUCAUCUUAUAGGUAUCGCUACCUGGGGGAUUGUGGAUCACAGAGAGGAUUUGAUCAACAGCCAGGGAGUUGUCACGUAUCACAUGACUCCUAGCCUACUGUCAGAGGGAGCGUGUCUCGAUAACAACCAUUCGCACUUCAUCCUGGUGGACGAUGGGACGGUGGGAAAGUAUGGAGGAGAAAUCCCUUUCCGGGCAAGUCUUCAGAAUUGUAUAACAACAAAAAAAAUUGCAAAAAGUAAAUCUCACGGAAUCCCGGUGGUUCUUCUCGUUCUCGAGGGAGGACCAAACACAAUCCAAACAGUGUUGGAAUCUGUCACGAGCAACCCAGCCGUGCCCGUCGUCAUUGCCGAGGGCAGCGGACGAGCUGCUGACAUCUUAGCGCAUGCUCAUGGGAUUGUCACUUCGAAUGACGGAACUGAUAUGGAGGACAUGUCUGAAGUGGUUGAACAUCAACAACUUCGUAUGAAGAUCCAGAAAGCCUUCCCAGAGUGCAACGAGGAGAAGUGCACUGCUCUUUAUCAUGACGUGCUCAAAUGCGUGGGAAAUAAGAGAUAUAUUACAAUAUUUCGCAUGGACGAGGAUGGGAUUGACAUUGACAUAGCCAUACUUAAGGCUUUACUCAAAGCUCAACAUGCGUCUGCCGCUGACCAGUUGAGCUUGGCCUUAAUAUGGAACCGGGCCGAUAUCGCCAGUACUGAGAUCUUCAAAGAAGACCAAAAAUGGAAGAUGAAAUCUUUGGAGGAUGCAAUGAUGGAUGCCCUAGUCAACAACCGUGUCGAGUUUGUCAAACUUCUCUUGGAGAAUGGCGUCAGUAUGAGCAGAUUCUUGACAACAACUCGGCUGGAGGAAUUAUACAAGGCGAGAUGGAGGUCGUCAUCCAAUGCUGUGUUGAGACAGCUGAUCGGGAAUGGAAAGAUCGACACUGAUCAUUUUGACUUGUCCGAUGUUGACAAUGUUAUUCGGCGACUAUUAGGAAUAGCUUACAAAGGACACAGAGAGAAGAACGCUAUAACAAAGGGUCUUGACAUUUCUAACCAGAUGAUGUUUGUCAGAGGACACACAGACAACAUAGCUCACGUGAAUUAUCCUUAUAACGAGCUGCUGUUGUGGUCUGUGCUAUGCAAUAUGCGAAAAAUGGCGCUCUUCAUGUGGGAGUGUGGUGAUGAGCAUCUGGUGCGGGCGCUGGUGGCGGGAAAAAUGUUCAACGGCAUGGCCAAGGUUACUGAACGUGAUGACGCAUACGCUGACAUCACUGAUGCACUUAAUGCGCAUGUGGAAGAAUUCAAACGACUGGCACUGGGUUUGCUAGAUAAAUGUUUUCAAGAAAAUGAAGAGCUUACCCAAAUGCUCCUGACAUAUCACCUAGAGAACUGGGGUGGACAAACAUGUCUUUCACUUGCUGUCGCCAUCGAACACGAAGAAUUUCUAGCACACAGUAGUUGCCAGGCUCUUCUCACUGAUAUAUGGACAGGAGCCAUGAAGAAUACGCACAGGUCUUCUAUCAAGACAAUGCUUGGAAUCCUCAUACCUCCGACGAUAUUUUUGCUGGAGUUCAAAACAAAACAGGAGCUAUCGUCCAUGCCCGUUACAAUGGAAGAACAUGAACAAGAGUUAGCUGAGGAGGGAGAAUGCGAUGAGGUUCAAGACGAUGAAGAAAACCUAAGCUACAGAAGAAGCCGAGCAAUAACGGACGAUGGGAGGGCACUAGAAAUGAGUGUGCUCUCUUCGAAGUCACGUGAGUUGCUCUGGGUAUCCACGUACCAUAAGUGUAGACAAGAGACUCGUGUGGUGAAACUGCGAUGGGCGAGGAAGAUCUUAGAGUUCUACAAAGCACCUGUUACUAAGUUUUGGUCUAACGCGUUCGCUUAUAUGGCGUUCUUGAUGCUGUUUAGUUUUGUUAUCCUCGUAAAAGCUGACAAAAUUCCUUCCAUCAGUGAAAUGGUGCUUAUCAUUUUUGUUUGUACACUAUGUACGGAAGAAAUCAGACAGAUACUUCAUUCUGAGCCACCAACAUUUGGAAGCAAAUUAAAAGACUGGGCGUCCAGUAAAUGGAACCUCCUUGAUGGUUUUGCAGUCGUUUCGUUUUUCAUUGGACUUGGGCUCAGGCUUCACCCAACCACACGCAGUGCUGGUCACGUGGUAUACAGCCUCGAUGUGAUGCUAUGGAUUAUUCGCCUAUUGGACAUAUUUUCUGUCAGCAAACACCUCGGACCUUAUGUGGUCAUGAUUGGGAGAAUGACCGUGGAUAUGCUGUACUUCCUCUUGAUCAUGGUGAUAUUCCUCCUGGCUUAUGGAGUCGCCCAACAAGCCAUCUUGUACCCAAACGAGACAGCUUCCUGGUCCAUGGUGUCUAGAGUGUUCUUCAGACCUUACUUCCAGGUUUAUGGGGAGUUGUUUUUUGUGGAUGCACCAGAUACGAUAAGCCCGACAGAGACUGUAUUUGGCACUCCAAGAAAAGAUGAACAUGGCGACACGAUCGUGGUAUUUAUCAUGGCGUUUUAUCUUCUGGUUGCCAAUAUUCUCCUUCUGAAUCUUCUCAUCGCCAUUUUCAACAACACGUUCUCUAGCGUACAGGCAAACGCAAAUCAGAUUUGGAAGUUUCAGCGGUAUUACUUGGUCAUGGAGUAUUCGCAGAGACCAGUGUUAGUUCCACCUUUCAUCAUCUUUAAUCACGUGAUCCAUGCUCUAAGGGGCUUAUACCACUGGCUGAAAAACUGUCUGGGACGAGGCAAGAGAAACCAGGAAGAGUCUAGUUACGGACUAAAGCUUUUCCUAGAAACCAACGAUCUUCAGAAGUUGAUGAUGUUUGAAGAACGAUGUGUGGAUAGCUACCUUAGAGAGAAAGAUACUUUGCUCCACGCCACUCAGGAAGAGCAAAUGAGGGUUAUGGGCGACAGAAUGGAGGCUAUUUCGAGUCAACUUCAAGAUAUGUACAAAGAUUCCAUUUGUCAGUCUCACAGCGGGAAAAAGUCUACCGACUCCCUAAGUAAACGCCUCAACAAACUGGAAAAAGGGAUGAACAGAAUUUUAGAGAUACUGGCACCAGAACCAGGGGCAUUGACAAACGACGAGAAUAAUCGUAAUGCGCGGUCCGGGCGAACUGUAUCGUUGUCAGCAGUCGAAAUUGCAGGUGUAGGUGGACACAAGCCUCUUUCACAAAGGUUCUCUUAUGACGGACCACGCACGAAUGGCAAGAUUGAGCCGUCCUCCCCUCUGAUGAAAGAGGGAUUUAAAUUUACUCGACGACGUCUCUCAACUGCUGCCGCACGUGCAAAGAAAGCUCUUAAACAUGAAGCACACGAGAAAGUGACGCACGUGCAUUCGAGACAUUCGCCAUAUCCAAGGAGUAACCAACAGCGAUAUCCUGUGCCGGACUUUCUCGUCGACUGGCAGGAGUCGUUCCCAGGCUACGAUCCGCCAAUAUAUACCGCACAGGAAGUGGAAGCCAUGCCAGCCUGGGCCGAUCCCGACAUACUAGACCCAAAUGACGCGACUACAGCUAUCUUGUUUAACUUUGAGGACCAAGGAAUCAACAGAAGAAGUCACACAGGACUGAUUGACGUGGUCAAUCGAUUGCCAAGAAAUCCGAUGGGGAGGACAGGCAUCGCAGGACGUGGCUUGUUUGGUCGCUGGGGACCUAACCAUGCAGUUCAUGUUGUUGUUACAAGAUGGAAGAUCGGCGAAGAUGGUCAAGUCCUACGAAAGCAAGAGAAAAAUGUUCUGGAAUUCGUGGCAAAUAAAAACCUAGACAGCUUGGAAUGGGAAAUACCCGGGGAACUGUUGGAAGCUGGCGACUCAGCGUUGUGCACUUUGAAAAAGAUUUUUACCAACAAAAUUCUUGCGAGUGUCAAGUCUGAUAUCAAAGAGGGAAAGGAAAACUUGGACAAAUGUAUAGAUACGAUAGUCAAAAAUGCUGCCGAGGUCUACAGAGGAUACGUCGAUGACGUCAAAAAUACAGAUAACGCUUGGUUGGAAACAACGGCAAUGCAUUUCCAUGACAACAAGAGGGGAAUGCUGGGUGACAUCGAAUUUGAGGUUGAAUCCAGUAUAUGCUGGCAAGAGGUCAGCAGUCACACUAAUAUUCACGACAGUCAUGUGCAUGUUUUGAGCAGAGUGGCCGCGUUGGGAAUGGCAAAUUUUUAAACAUUGGAACUGGUUGUCUGGUUGAGGAUUGCAAAAGAUGAUAUAUUUUAUCAGGAAAGUGUAGCCGUAGAUUGUAGGGAACCAUCCAUGGCCAUCGAACCAUAGCUAGCUUUGGCCAUUUUUUCGGUGCUGAGAGAAAAUGGAGACCAUUUGAUGAUUGUAGACGAAGAUAAAUACCAAACAGAAGAGUUCGAGUGACCUGUAUAGAAAACUAAGUUAUACUACUCCACGAUAGGAUCUUAAUUUUUCUGUUACUAUUCUUUAUAUCAUCGCCAGUGACUAUGACAAAGUAGAAGAAUUUAUUAGUCUCAUUGAAAAAAUAAAAAGAGUUUAGCUUGAGAUUCUAACCUCAAAGCAUACUCGGCCUACAUCUCCUUGAA